AUGAUUCGGGGAAUCGACCCGAUCUAUCAAGCUCUACUAGCCGCCACAUUCACAUGGGGAGUGACGGCUCUCGGAGCUUCACUCGUUUUCGUUAUGCGACAUCAGAGUAAAAAGUUGCUAGAUAUAUCACUGGGUUUCGCUGCCGGAGUUAUGACCGCCGCCUCAUUCUGGUCACUUCUUGCUCCAGCUAUCGAAGCCGCGGAGGCUGAUUAUAAGAAAUGGGCAUUUGUUCCAGUAGCUAUUGGAUUUGCUGUCGGAGCCGGUUUUGUGCAUUUAGCAGAUACGCUGUUGCCUUCAUGCGUCGGUGAAGCUGGAAUGUCGUCACUUCUAUCCCCACCAGCUAUUCGAUCCGACACAGAAAUGUCUCUGAUGCCAGACCGAGAGGAUCUUGAUGUGGCUGCUCUUGCUCGUUCGGUCAACGAAGAACAUCGUGAACGAGAUCGAUCAGUAGAGAUUGGUAGUGACAAGAGGCCAGAUGUGAUACCAGAAGACGACUAUAGACAGUCAUGGAGACGGAUUCUGUUACUCAUUUUGGCAGUGACAGUUCACAAUAUUCCAGAGGGUCUCGCUGUUGGCGUUGGCUUCGGAUCUGCCGGAAAAACGAAAACAGCUACUUUCGAGUCGGCAUUCAAUCUGGCGAUCGGAAUUGGUCUUCAGAAUUUCCCUGAAGGACUAGCCGUCUCACUGCCGCUCGCAGCAUUUGGACAUUCCAAACUGAAAGCCUUCUGGUAUGGUCAACUGUCCGGAAUGGUUGAGCCAAUUGCCGCGCUUCUCGGAGCUGCCGCUGUCAUCUUCAUGGAACCAGUCCUUCCAUACGCCCUAGCUUUCGCUGCUGGAGCAAUGAUCUACGUCGUCGUUGAUGAUAUUAUUCCAGAAGCACAAAGAAAUGGAAAUGGAAAACUUGCAUCAUUAGGAUGCAUCAUUGGAUUCCUUGUUAUGAUGUGUAUGGAUGUCGGAUUAGGAUGA